CCGUGAUUCCAUUACAUUAACCAACCUAUCAUUAGUACUGCAAGGACGCUGUCUAUGUCAAUGUCUUCUGUUGAUGGUGAUAAUAUCUAUAUUUCAUCACAAGCAAAGAAAAAGCAAGUAGCUAGAGAGUCAUUAUGUGCGCUACUAUGUGAUGACGCAUCUCUUCAAAAGUCGGCGGCUUUAACGCUGGCUAAAGUAUCAACAUCCGAAAGCGCAGCUCUAGAUGUACUUUUGAGUCUAGUAAGGGGCGAGGUGCCCAAAUGUAUGCCAUCGUACAGCGUUUCCAAGUCUUUAUUCAUGCCUCCUGAUAUUUGGCUGGAAGGAUCAAGUCAAAUUGAAGCAAUCAAAGCGGAUUUUGGAGUGAACACUUUGCGAGAGUGUCUGCAGAGCCCUGAAUCAUGGGAGAGAUCACGGGUGGUAGCGCUGAGAGCGCUUAUUGUUACCUACCAAAGGAUGUCAAAACCUAUAGAAUAUUUACUCCCACAUGUAUUAGUAGGUUUGAAGCCAGAUUCUGAUACCCAUCUGACCUAUUCUGUGGACACUGCAAUAUCACUAGCGGUUGAGUUAACAGGGUCUUUACCCGAUGGUGACAUCUUCGAAUACGCUUUACUUCAGAUGAUGCUUACUAACGAGGACUUAAAGGGCCCUAUAAUGAAGGCUGCGUUAUCGAGGUCUAUGCGCGAAAUUGUUUUGUUACCCCGUGUUAGCAACUUACUGCAUCGCAGCUUGGAUAUUGGUAUAUCAUCUUUGAUAUUUGACGAAUUAGGUUAUGGUCAGGCAUAUCCUGUAUGCGCGGCUUUUGGUAUAAGUAUAUUCUGCAGAUUGAAUAUACAUUGUUUGUCGAAUGCUAUACCACGUGUACUGCAGGUUGUAGAUUACCAUUGCGAUGGUAAGGCUGAUUUGCAGUUGUUAUGGAUACUGGCGAUAUCACUAAGAAUAUCUGAUAUACCAUUAUUGACCUCUAGAAGGUCUUGCUUAACGUACAUACAAUGCCUAUUGAAGCCUCGAGCUGAUAUGCCGUUGAACAUGAAUCUCGUGGCGGCCAUCGCCUCAAGACCUAACGUCCUAAGGUUGCUUAUAGAUUCAAUUGUGAUGGCAGUUUACCAUGCCAAUAGAUACAGCCAGCCGAUAUAUGAUCUUGUGAAAUUGGUGGAUAUCCUGCUAGAGCUUUUGAUUGCCGGGAGCAAGAUACAGUUGUUUCAAGGCAAAUAUGGGAUAGAAUGCAUGGAUGUGGCAAGCCUGCUCAAAACUAAGUUAAUGGUAGCCUAUAUCGAUGGUUGUGGGUUUUCUAUAGAGGGUAAUGACCAUAUUGAGCCUAUAUUAGAAAACAUCAAAAAUAGGGUCUCCGAUGAUUCCAUUGCAGCUUAUGCGAGGCAAUUUGACAUUGCCCAAUCCACUGGGCAAACGCCGUUUUUUGAACUGGAUGAAAUGCAUAUAAACAAUGAAAUAGACUCCCUGUGCGCAGAAGGCGCUGAAUUCGGUUUGUCUACAGCAAUAAAAUCUAGGAUUCACAUGAUAUCGGACGUCACAUGGGCAUGCAACACGCUACAAAAAAUCUACGUCAAUGCAGCGAUUUUAAAUAAUGGUCACAUAAUGCAUGAAAUCCCGAAUUUACGUGGUACGGUUAUUUACCUAAAGAAGGAAUGGUGUCUGCGUGAUUUUGUAAAUGUUGCUCUGAUGACACUGAUUCCAAACCAAUCUAUCCAUGCAACAGCUCUUGGUUACAUAUUUAAAUUAGCUGCCAUCAAUAAUGAGCGGGCUUUGUUUUUCAUAUCACCUCUGGUUGAAUCGACUAUGCUAAUUAUCCGGAAAUACAUACAUGUGGAUCCUGGUUUAGGUAUUCAGAUGAUUGAGCACAACUUGUUUCUGUUUGCACGGUUGGCCAGACAUAAGCUUGCACUGCCUAUCGUUUACAGCGGGAUAAAAUACAUUUUUGGACAUGUAGACACCCGCAGGUGCAUCGAGGGCGUCAAAGGUUUCUCUAUUCUCGACGCCAAAUGGCGGUGUCUUCUGCUGAAGCACAGCGAAAUACCCAGUUCCAAGGUAAUCACAGUGGCUAAGCUUGGGGAAGCGCAAUCAAUGACAGCCGAACAAAAGGAAGUCCAUAUUAGGGUAUUCAGAUCCUUGUGUAAGUAUCGUCCUGAGGAUGCUGUAAAGUUUGUGAAUAGCUUGAGUUCACUGUUUGUGGAGUUUCCUGUUUUUGCUGUGGAUUGCUGCACUCGUAUGUGCACUAAAGAUGUUAUGGACUUUGGUGUAGCAUAUAAAGUUUAUAUCCAACCGUUGUUCCAGGCAAACCAGAUGGAUCAAAAUGUAAGCAACGCAGUUGGCAAAUUCUUUUGCGCGUAUCUCCAAAAUUUGAUAGACAACAUCCAAGGUGUGAUUACGGAUGAGGAUGUGAUAGACAUGAACCUCAUAUUACCAUCGCUGUUGCAACUGAUAGCGAUGAGCAAUAGCUACGGGAUGAAAGCCGUGUCGAACCUGCUCAAAUCAUCCCUUUGGAAUAAAAUCCAAGGAAUACGAGCGUGGCAUGAUAAUAAAGAGUGUGAUUGCAACUCUCUGCUUGAUCGCAUUAACAAGAAACGUCUGGUUUGUACUUUUGCCAGGCUGCACCAAGAGUUUUUCGAAAUAAAUUUUGCAGCGUUUAUAGACAGUUAUUUGGAUAGUAAACGUGAUUUAAGCACCCUAGAGGCACACAGCAUGCUUAUUUCUGGUGUAGUUGAUGCUGAAAUUGAGGCCACCAACCGUGUUGAACUUAUAUCGCGUAGAAACGAUACUGUAUUAGGCUACAACCGUGAAAUACGAAGAGUUACACGAGAUUUGCUACAGACUUUCGCGAACUCAAAGCAGACUAUCAGCGCUUACAGGGGCUUCCUUGAAGAAGAUGAAGGGCAGAAACAAGUGCCUAAGAAAGCAACAGUUGACGUUGAAUUGUGCGUACCACCUAUGCAGGGGGCGGAAUCUGGGUUAGGAUUAAUACGGAUAUUUCACAGCAGUGCUCUGUUUAGGUUAUAUGGUAUCAAGUUGGAUAACAAAUCACACAAUCGAGAUUUGAUUUGUGCAAAUGCUUCGAAAACGGUUCUUUCGCAUGUUGGUGGUAUUGGCGGCAAUGUACUCAUUAAUCUCUCGGCACUAGUUAAUGCUCUAAAUUUGGAAUCCAGUUCUGAGGUGGUGCAACACAUGAUGCAACACUUAAAUGGCAUGCUGCCAUUAACAGAUGACACAUCCAUGGAUACCAACAACUCCAAUUGCGAUAAGGCAGUCUUAUACUUAUUUGGCUUGUGUCACUUCCAUUGUCACCAGUCACCCAUCGAUGGGUUACCAAAAAUGGUAAUAGAUAUGCUAUCAUCUGUUAUUCCAAGGUGGAAUGCAUAUUCCAAACUAGGAGGCGCCCUUUAUGUGGUACUGGGCAUAAUCUAUAAAUACAUUGUUCCUUGUUAUUCAGUGACCGCUGAUAUCAUUAACCUCUUUGCGGAAUACCUUGAGGUGGCACAUUCAGAGCCAGCUAGCCUUGGAUGGAUACUUGGUUUAUGUAACUUCAUUGAUGAUUUGCCAAAGUCUGAUGUGAGUAUGCUCAUAUCUAUGGUAAAGCGAAUUGUAACCUUGAUUGAACGCCACGAUAUCCAUUACACCAUCCGCGUUAUGCUAGGUUUGCCUUUAAUGCAAUAUUGGAAAGUUACUCAAUGCACCCGGAUUGGAGCUAAGAUAUCACAUCUGCUAAUAGAAACGCAAACUAAUGCAGUAACAGAUCCGCAUGUCAUGCUCUUCGUUGCAUAUGCACAUUACGUGGGAUUAUAUGCCACAUGUAAUAACCAUUCAGCUGCUUGUGGUGAUGUAUGCAGGGAUACUACGAUAAAUGAUUUGGAAAAUGCAUAUGGCAGUGUAAUCCACGAUACCACGACCGAAUGUUCCAUUCACCAAUGGGAUUCGAGAUCCGAAUGUGGAACUUCCAACAUUGCUACACCCCUUGAAGGAACAAAAUUGAGAAACCAAUAUACUACGGAUAUAUAUGAUACUGACAAUCUACAUGGUACUCUAAUGACGUGUAUAAAAAACAAUACGACGCAGGAUGAGAAAACUAAUGACAUUCUUAUAAUGGCGGCGACGCUUACCCAUGGGUUCGAUUACAUGGUACCUGCUACUGACGAGUGGUUGAAACGUCUACGGAAGCUCCAGACAGGAUGGUCAAACAGUUACAAGAAUCUAACUGUGGCGUUGUCUGCCAUAGCACGCCAAGAAGAGGUGGUGGUUACUAUGGCAUCCGCACCUAAAUUAAGCCGUUACGCCAAAGCGCGCAAUACAAAUCAGUCAGCUGUAAAUGAAACUGCUACAAGGCAGUCUGGAGAUGUUAACAAUUCUUGGGGUGAUGAAUCUGCAGUUCUUGUAGCAUUGCUUAUAUUCGAGAAAAUCAAGACAUUCCUAUCGAACCAUGCUGACCUAGAUUGCCAUCGUGAUGAUGGUGCUAUAACUGAUAUAUGUUCGAGGUUGCGUGACAAUGGUCAUUCGUUAGAGCUUUUGAAAGCGUUGACAUUAUGUAAGCCACUUAAGAUCACCCUUUGGGACGUCAUAUCGAUACAAAACGCCCAAUGCAACUGCGAACGUGAACUUGUGAUGCGUGCAUACACUCUUCAUGGUCAGGUUAAUUCUAUGUUACUCAGAAGGCUGACCAACAUUGCAAAGUACUAUCAAACUUUUAAUCGAAAGCUGCAGCUAUCAUUCCUCAAUUGCGUUCGUUUAGCAAUAUGGAACAUUGAUUUUGAGAGCAUAAGGAUAUUACUUUCUUAUGUGUUUGACAUUGAUAGCAUAGAUGUGCUGCUAAUGCUCGAGACGCUUAUUGAGGCCUGCGCAUACAUGCUUAAAGGAGAGGAACUUCCAGGCAAGAAUGGAGCCCGAUUUGGUGAAUUAGUCAUGGCAAGGUUGCUACUACCCUUGGUUAUUCGUGUAAUAUCGCACUCACAACAGCAUAAAGUGGCAUUGUGCUUGUAUAGAAAAGUUAUAGAAUACGUGAAUGAAACGCAACGUAAUGAGCUGGUUAAUGCCAUUAAAAAGAGUGGCAUCAAGUUGAAAUGCUUACUCUCUGGUGUGUCUCUACCUUAUCAAGCGCCGUUUACCUUCAACGAAUGUUUCGCCCACUUGGUAACCCAGGAAUUACUGGUCAAGGAUGUAGUUCUCUACUGCUUGGUGAAUUGCCAACGCCACAUCGAAGUGUUAUCGCAUUGUAUAUAUGUCCUUGGUGUCAAUGCCAACACGGAACAGAUAAUGUUAGUAGCUCUGGUUUUGAUGGCAUUGAUGGCUGAACGGAACGUAGCUUCGUAUCUCUUGGAGCUCCUGUUUGACGGUACCGACAGUAAAUAUGAUGACGAAGAUACAGUUUCACAUUUGGCUAAACUUGAUAUUUACGAAUUUUUACGUUUCAGUAAAGAACCUAACAUUCUGUACUAUGAAACCAUGGAUCCCAAGAUACUGGCAAAGAGCGCAAACAUAUUGGCCAAAGCACCAGGCAUGUGGGCAGCCUGUGGACUUGAGAAUACGGCUUUUGGCAAGCUACAACCCAUGGGACAUGGACGUUCUGUGCCUAGUUGGCUACCCAAAUUAGGUGAUGCAUCCAUUGACCGUAGGCGGCAGUCCUUGUUGCCAAUGAAGUUGCCUCAUGCUAAGUUCAACGUCAAUAUCACGGACGAUGGUGCCAAAUGCUUACUAAUUGACAAUGCUGUUACAAUUAUGACAGCGUACAAGGCAUACUUGCUUGACAAUUACAAAUCGCUCCAUGAGAUGCGCGAUGUGAUCACAUUUCUCAACACGAGAAUAAUAUCUCAUAAAUGAAGUGUUUAUCUGGGUAUCUACAUCUAUAGCCAUUUCAUGACAGUGUUACUAUGUUUGAUUACCACAGAUAUAUGAUCUAG